GGGAGGGAGAGAGAAACGGAUAGCAUGCACCUCGGCGUCUGUGGGCAUUCUGUCUGCAGCCACAGAGAGGGAAGCGAGGAGACUCGAUAAGAGAAACGCAUUACACAGGCAAACACACCCACACAUGCACACAUUCACAAACACACACACAGCUACACACACACAUUGAAGCACAUGCUUACACACACUCACUCAUUCAUUUAUUCAUUCAUUCAUUCAUUCACAGACUUGUCAGUACACGGACACAUGCACACACACACACUCACACAUACACACACACUCAGUCAUAGUAGCAGAGAUGUGUUCGGAAGGCUCGUGGAUGGAGGCUUGUGCUUUUUGAUCCUGAUCGACUUGACCAGACCGGAGUUCUAUGGAACUAAUAUCCUUCAGGGAAGAACAAGUCCGGAACCUUUUGAUUACGAGGAUCUUGAAGUCUGGACUCAUGAAGUCUAGAGAUUCUGGAAUUCUUGUGUCCCAUCAGUAAUAGGACCCUUCUUUUUCUUCACUUCAGGAUCACAGUUUGGAAAUUCCAAAUUGGAAUUUCUGGGUCUUGAUCCGGAACCCCUGGAUUUGACAUGUGCUUCGUCUCGGAGUCUCCUAUCUGGAUUGACAUGUACCAUGCGGGAUUGACAUUUCAUUGAUUGAUUGACGGGGUCGUUUCUGAUUGACAUGUAAAAUUAUAGCCAUUGGUGGGUGUGGGUGGGUUUUGGGGUCGACGGAGGCGGGGCUCGUCAGGGAUGCGGUCGUUUUCAUUGGCUGUGAGAAGAGAGUUGGUCCCGCCCCGUGCCGCCGCCACGCCCCUCUGCUCUGAGCGUCAUGCAGGUGCUCCAGAUCGUCAAGGAGCUGGUCUCACCUUCACGAAGACGUGCUGCGGCCAGAUUCGGAGCUUCAGAUACGGAGCAGGAUGCAUCAGUGAAGUUGGAACAGGAGAGGGCCGAGAUUGUGGCAAAAUAUGACAAGGGAAAGGAGGGAGCGACGGUGGAGCCGUGGGAAGAUGCAAACUUCCACCUGUACAAAGUCAUCGACCGCUUUGGCUUCCUGCAUGAGAAUGAACUGCCAUCGUACGACUCUGUGGAAGAGAAGCAAAAGCACCAGGAGGUGGAGAGAACCACCAAAUGGCUGAAGAUGCUGAAGAGCUGGGACAAGUACAAGAACAGCGACAAGUUGAUCCGGCGUAUCUACAAGGGCAUCCCGCUGCAGCUGAGGGGAGAGGUCUGGUGCCUGCUGCUCGACAUCCCAAAGAUCAAGGAGGAGAAGAAGGACUUCUACGAGAAACUGAAGCAUAGGGCGCGGGGCUUGUCUCCGGAUAUCAGACAGAUCGAUCUGGACGUCAAUCGCACCUACAGGGACCACAUCAUGUUCAUGCAUCGUUACGACGUCAAGCAGCAAGCCCUGUUUCAUGUUCUCACGGCCUACUCUAUCUACAACACGGAGGUGGGCUACUGUCAGGGCAUGAGCCAGAUCACGGCGCUCCUGCUGAUCUACAUGAAUGAGGAGGACGCCUUCUGGGCCCUCGUCAAACUGCUCUCUGGACAGAAGCACUCUAUGCACGGUUUCUUUGUGCCUGGUUUCCCCAAGCUGAUGCGGUUCCAGGAACACCAUGACAAGAUCCUGAAGAAGAUGAUGCCUAAACUCAAACAGCACCUGGACACGCAAGAGGUCCACACCAGCCUGUACACCAUGAAGUGGUUCUUCCAGUGCUUCCUGGACCGAACCCCCUUCACGCUCACCCUGAGGAUCUGGGACAUCUACAUCCUGGAGGGGGAGAGAGUACUGACCGCCAUGUCAUACACUGUCCUCAAGCUCCACAAGAAGCACCUGUUGAAGCUGGCCAUGGAGGAGCUGGUGGAGUUCCUGCAGGUGGCGCUAGCGAAGGACUUCUUCUUCGAGGACGACUUCGUAGUGGAGCAGCUGCAGAACUCCAUGUCCGAGCUGCGCAGAGCCAAGCUAGAGCUUCCUCCCCCAGGUAAAGAGGAGGAGUUUCCCAAGAAGCCUCUGGGGCAGCUUCCUCCCGAGCCACUGACCAAUCACGUCACAGCGAACGGCCAGGCGCCGAGCGGGCAACAGAUGACGGUGGUAGACGGGGGGCCGGUCUCAUCGUCGCGAGGGCCCAGCCCGGCCAAUCAGAGCGUGCACUUGACCCCGGAGGCGGCGGGGCAGGGACCACCGGGGUCGGCGCCUGGGUCGGCUGGCGGUCCCUCGCCCGAGCAUCCGAAGGAGUCCAGCCGGCCCCCGAGCCGCACCCGACGCGACUCCCUGGAGAAGCUGGUGCGCCUGGCCAAGGGUGGCGGACGCAGCAAUCGCGGCUCCGGGGGUGGCGGCGGCGGUAGUGACACGGAGUCCCGCAAGCAGCCGCCCUCGUCGCAGGCCCCUUCGGAGAGGGGCCAGUCCCCGGCCCCUACCCCACCGAACGCCACCAGCACGCCGGACUGGGGACCCAACAACAAGUCCCCGGCCAUAACCAUGGCCAUGACCGCCCAGGGCCAGCAGCAGCAGCCGCCCCAGGGCACCACGCGGCACCACGCGGCCGCGAACCACAACUCCAACGCCGGCUCCAGCACCCGGCCUCCGGACCGGCCCUUCACCCCCCGCUGGGUCAAGCCCUCCGAGACCAAGCUGGAGGCAGCGAAGGCGGCCGCCCUGCGAGAGAGUCAGCAGAGCAUCUCUGGCGGCGGCGGCGGCUCGCCCUCGCCCGUGCCCCCCGUUACCCCGACGACGCCCUCUGACCCCGGUCAAGGUCAGGGACUCCGUGACUCGGGAGGCUCCCGUCCGCGCUCGCAAGGUUUUGUGCCGGGCUCCAACCGGGGCUCGAACGCCUCGCAGUACGACAACGUCCCGGGCCCCGACGGCCUGCCCGUCAUGGAGGUCAUCGAGCUCGAACGGCCCCCGUCGCGGCCCCCCUUUGCCACCCCGUCACUGGGGAACUUAAGGCAGGGCAGCCCCACGAGGCCCCCUAGUGGCGGCGGUGGCGGCGGCUUCAGCAGCAGCAGCGCUCCGUUGCGUCUGCACAGCAAACAAAACAUGGCCGCCCUCCCCCAGGUGGCCGCCGCCAACGCCCGGGUGACGCCGCCGCACUUCUACCCCCCGUCGAGCAGUGGGCAGCACUCUUCUCCCGCGGGGCGCGGCGCCACGGGGAUGGUGCCGGUGUUCGUCCCCUUCGGUCUGGAGGCCCGGACCCACGAGGACAGGCACGGCGGAGGGCUGCCAGGCGGCGGAGGUCACGGCGGAGGUCACGGGCUGAGCUACGGAGAGGCGCCGCGGGGUUACGCCACCACCCAGCGGCACCCGCACAGCAACCGCGCCUCCCCCGAGAAGGCCCUCAUGAACAACACCUACGCCACCUACCGACGGCAGCCCAACCUCAACCUCAAGCUCAACCUUAACCCGUCCCCGCUCCCGACCCCCACCCACCACCUCCCUCCUCUCCACCACCACCACCACCAGCAGCAGCAGCAGCACCCUCCCCUGUCCGUAGCCCCUCUGGACGCGGCGUUGGACAGCAGCACCCGCGGUGGUGACAGUGGCCGAUACGGUGGUGGGAACUACCCACCUCAUCGCCAGCAGCAGCAGCAGCACCCAGUCUACCCGCCUGUGGACUACCAUCAGCCCCCCAUGGACUACCACUACGAGCCCCGCAGGAGAGGCCUGGAUCUGGAUGACCUGGUGUCGUACCAGGCAGAGUUGAGGGCUGCCUGGGGUGGUGGUGGAGGAGCAGGGGUUGGGGAAGGUGGCGGUGGUGGAGGCCUACCUCCCAGGUCCCCUGGAGGUCUGCCCCGCUCGCCCAGCUUCCAGAAGGCGCAGAUGUCGCCCAUCCACCAGGAGUUCAUCUUCCCGCCCCUCUCGGACUCGGACAUGGUGCUGGGGAGCGUGUACAGGGGAGGAGGUGGGGAUAGAGGAGGAGAUGGGUACCAACACCAUUACUAUCCUCCCUCCACCACCACCGCGCACCACCAUCACCACCAACACCACCUCCCGGAGCAGCUGCCGCCUGGGGCGGGUGGGGGUGGGGGUGCAGGCGGCGGUGCUGGUGGUGUUGGUGGUGGUGGCGGCAGGCAACAGCUCCCCCAUCUGUUCGGAGGUGCACACUACAGCCAAGCGCAAGAGGCCUUUGCCAUGCAGGAGUCGAUGUUACUGUAAUAUCAAAAGGGACCUCAGAGGUGAUGGAGGGAGUGAAAUGGGUGAAGAACUGAAGGAGGUUGAAGGAGAAGAGGAGAAGAAAAGAGAGGGAAGAGGAGAGAAAGUUUCAAAACAAACAAAAGUAAGAUGGAGAGAGGAAGGAGGAAAGUGUUGACACUUUAAGUGCGGAGUAAGAGAGAGAGAGAAAGCAAUAGAGCAAUGUCAAAGCAGAGGUAAAGUUGUUUUCGUUGAACUGUUUUGAGGUUUCUUUUUGUCUGUCUGUCUGUUUGUCUGUGUGUCUUCCUGUUUGUUUAUGUGUCUGUUUGUUUUUUUGUUUGUUUGUUUGUUUGUGUGACAGACUGACUGUAUUCCCUGUAGGAGCUGUGCUGUGGCAGAGGUCUAUGGUAGCCUCAGGCAUUUUUACUGAUAAACUCACAUUUGCGAAGAAAAGCAAAACUUAUCUGACUGACUGAAAAAGAUUUUUUUUCUUUUUAUUUUGUUUUAUUUUAUUGUUUUUUUCCUUUUUUGUUGUUGUUCAAGUAAUCAUUAACCAAGAAUAGUGGAUAUAAAUCUUUAUGAUUAUAUUAAUGUACAGAAAAUGCGUUUUUUGUUUGUUCAUAUAGCCGAGUUAUUUAAACUACUUUACGGGAAAAUUUGGGGAGUGAAAAUUAAAAAAAAAGAUAUCUUCUGGCAAGAAUGAAACUCAGUGAUUUUCUGUGUUUUUUUGUUUGUUUAUUUUGUUUUUUUCAUCAUCUGUCCAUCUUUUUUUAAUGAGUUUGAUAUUUGAGAUAUAUAACCCUAGAGGUCAAUUUAUUCUACCAUGCUUGUGAAUAUCAUAUUUUUUUGGAGAGAAAGAAAGAGACAUACAAUUUAAGAGAGUAUAUAUAUGUUUGCAUUUUUAGCAGUCAUUCAGAAAGCAGUGAAGGAGAGAUCACUGUGUAUAUUUCAUUCGGAGGCACCUCCAAAGGAUGGAUGUGUCCUUUUUAUCGCGCUCCAAAUGAGGACUUGUUUGUUUGUUUGUUUGUUUGUUUGUUGUUGUUUGUCCUUCUUCCUGUUGUCUAUUGUUGUUGUCGUUGUUCUCUCUGACGAAUGCAGUAUAUGAAUAUUUUUAUUUUUUUUUUGCUCAGUGGCAAGUCAUUGUCAUUGGGAUUCCCCUACGUACUGACCUACUCCCACUCCCAAACUCAAACCCCCCAAACACACACAAACAAACACAUGCACGCACGCACACACACUCUCUCUCUCUCUCUCUCUCUCUCUCUCUCUCUCUCUCUCUCUCUC